AUGGAAAUUUCAAUUAAUAAAUGUUCGGUAUUACAUAUUGGCAACAAUAACUCUUCACAAUCUUAUUUAUUAAACGAUAAAGUAAUCCAGGUAGCCGAUUGCAUUAGAGAUUUAGGAGUUAUAAUUGAUAAUAAUUUUUCUUUCUCAUUCCAUAUUGAUUACAUAAUUAAAAAGACAUACUCCUUAAUACAUCUAUUUUUUAAAUUUAUUAAAGUCCGAAUAUUAAAAAUAUGGGUUCUCAUCUAUAAAAUAUAUAUUAGGCCAAAUUUGGAAUAUGCAUCUCAAGUUUGGAGUCCGCAAAAUAAUAAGGAGAUAAUUAAAAUAGAAAAGGUCCAAAAAAUGUUUACGAGAGUUAUUCUUAAGAAAUGUGGCUUAGCACCCCGACCUUAUCCAGAAAGACUUAAUGUUUGCCAGCUUAGACAGUUGAGCAGUAGAAGGGCGUCUGCCGAUUUAUGCAUGGUCUUUAAAAUUAUUAAGAAUACCACUAAUCUUAUUCCUACCGAUUUCUUUACUUUUUCUAAGCGCUGUAGCUGA